AUGCUCAAUCGACUUUCCAGAAUCAUCACCGGGCUAGCCGCCUUAUCCGGGGCGUUGUCGGCGCCCCCGCCCGCCUACCUCGGCGACUACUCCAACGUCACGACCAGCGCGAUCGAGGGGCGCGCGGACCCUGGACAGAAGCUUGUCUUCGCACACUUUGUGGUCGGCAUCGUCUCCAACCGCGGCAGCGCCGACGACUGGGACAAGGACUUCCAGAUGGCCAAGGCCGCUGGUAUCGAUGGCUUCGCGCUCAACAUCGGCGUCGACGACUUCACGGAUACGCAGUUGAACUACGCUUACGACUCCGCCGCCCGCAACGGCAUGAAGGCCUUCAUCUCCUUCGACUUCAACUGGUACCACACCGACCAGGGCGAGCAAGUCGGCCAGAAGAUCAAUCAAUACGCCGAUAGGGACGCGCAGCUGAAGAUCGGGGAUAAGGUCUUCGCCUCCUCCUUCAUCGGCGAGGGCGUCGACAGCCAGGCCAUCCGCAACUCCGCAGGCCACGACAUCUUCUGGAUCCCGAACUUCUGGUCCACGACAGACGUCUCCCAGGUCGACGGCCUCUUCAACUGGGUCGCGUGGCCGAACAACGGUAACAAUAAGGCGCCGACGUCGUCCGCAGACCUGCACACCGUGAUCGGCAACGACGAUGCGUAUAGGAAUGCGCUGGGCGGAAAGCCGUUCAUGGCGCCACACAAUUGCGUCCAUGUCGCUCACGAUCUCCCGCAGACGCACUUCGGCCCCGAAGUCAGCUACAGCAAGAACUGGGUCUUCCCGAGUGACAUGCUCAUCUAUCUCCGCUGGUUGGAGAUCCUGUCGAACCCGCCGCAAUACCUCGAGCUGGUCACCUGGAACGACUAUGGCGAGAGCCACUACAUCGGCCCGCUCUCUACUCGUCACACCGACGACGGCGGUUCGAAGUGGGCGAAUGACAUGCCGCACACCGGCUGGCUCGACCUCUCCGCACCCUUCAUCGCCGCCUACAAGGACGGCAGCAACGACGUUGCUACCCACAUCACCGAGGACAAGAUCAUCUACUGGUACCGCCCCACGCCCAAGAACAUCAACUGCGAUGCCACCGACACCACCGAGGCCGACGCCAACAACAGCACCGGCAACUACUUCAAGGGCCGCCCCGACGGGUGGGACACCCUCGCCGACGACGUCUUCGUCGUCGCGCUCCUCACCUCCCCCGGCACCGUGCGCGUCAACACCGGCGGCACCGCGUACGACUUCGCCGCCCCCGCGGGCGCCAGCGGCUUCAGCGUGCCCUUCAACACGGGCGCGCAGGCGUUCAGCCUGUACCGCGGCGACCCGAACGCGCCGAGCCUGCACGCGGUGAGCCUGAAGCAGAUCGUGAACGAGUGCCCGUGCGGGAUCUACAACUUCAACGCGUACGUGGGGACGGUGCCGGAGCAACCGGCGGACCAGCUCGAUGGGGACGGGCUCGCGCAGUUCUCGAACGGGCUGAAGGUGCAGUGCCAGUCGAACACGCUGGGGAAUGUGCCGGCCGAGCCCGCGAUUACGGCGACGAUGGCGGCGAGUGCGGUGGCGACGCAGCCGCCCAUUCGGCGCUGA